UGAAGUGGUCAGAUGUUAUCUCCAGACCAGAUUGAGUCUCACCGUGAGGAGCUUCUUGAGAGCCAGAACACAGACGGACUGAAGAACAGACACUCAUGUCUCCAUCUGAAGCUGCAUCCACACUCUUCUGCUGGGAUUGGGCUCUUCUGGAAACUGGACUUUAGAGAAAUGAUGCUCAUCUUUGGACUGAUGCUGCUGCUGCUGCAAACUGCUGCAUGUUGGUCUGAACCGCAGAUCAGACUGAACUCUGGCGCUCUGGUCGGUACCGAUGUGAUUCUCAGCUCCAGUUCUCUUCUACAUUUGAUCUGUGAGGGCGACGGACCGGUGACAUGGAUUCCCCGACUGGCCAGACACAAAAAGUACAUCUCCAAAGAGGUUGGAAACAUCCGGAGUUUCCGUGUGGAAAGAGCCACGGUGGAUUUUACAGGAACAUACAAGUGCAUCUAUAUGAAUGAAAAUUAUUCAAACAUGUCGUCUUCUGUUCAUGUGUUUGUCAGGGAUCCCCAAGUUCUCUUUGUUUCACCGAGUACGACUCGGCCACCUGUGGCGAGAGAAGGUGAAGAUCUGUUGAUCCCGUGUCUUCUGACCGAUCCCGAUGCCACAAACUUCACGUUACGCAUGGACAAUGGCUCAGCGAUGCCUUACGGCAUGAAUGCAACCUUUGACCCCAGAAAAGGUGUCCUGAUUCGCAACUUUCAGCCGGGAUUCAUCGCCAACUAUGUUUGCAGUGCUAGAAUUGGAGGGGUUGAGAAAAUGUCAAAGAUAUUCGAAGUAAACAUCGUACAAAGGUUGCGCUUUCCACCGUAUGUGUUCCUGAGGAGAAACGAGCAUGUGAAACUGGUGGGAGAGAGAUUACAGAUCAUUUGCACCACAAAUAACCCAAACUUUGACUACAACGUCACAUGGACACACUCCACUAGAAAGCUGCCUCAAGCAGAAGAGAAAUCAAAGAUGCAGGGGGAUCGUUUGGCCAUCGAGAGCGUCCUGGUCAUACCGGCUGUUCAGCUGUCUGAUUCGGGGAACAUCACCUGUACGGGUCAGAACGAGGCCGGAGCGAACAGCUCCACCACACAACUGCUGGUCGUGGGCGAGCCGUACAUUCAUCUCUCCCCGAAGCUCUCAUCUAAACUCACCCACCGCGGCCUGUCCAUCGAGGUGAGGGAAGGGGACGAUGUGGAUCUUGGUGUUUUGAUCGAAGCAUAUCCACCUCUGACCUCACACCAGUGGGUGACUCCAACAUCCCACAGUGCCUCACUCCCAGAGAACAGGUUUUACAACUACACUGACAGGUACGAGGCACUGCUGUUCCUCAGGAGACUGAACUUCCAGGAGAUCGGCCGCUACACACUAUACGUGAAGAGCAGCAUGAAAAAUGCCUCCAUUACAUUUGAUAUUAAAAUGUACAAGUCUGUGGUGUUUGUGCUGGUCUGGAGUUUUCAGAUGAUGGUUCUGUUUGGUCUGUUAGGAGGUUUUCACAUCUACAUGAGACACACGUCAGGAAAGAAACAGGAAGAUCAAAAAGUGAGAAUGAGAAGAAUUAGAGAAGGACAUGAACACACAGCAGAAGAUUCAUGAGAGCAGCAGCAGAUCUUUUUACCUUUACACAAUCAUCUCUGGCUGAUAACAGAAUAUUUCCUCAAUUGUAACAAGCAUUUUCUGUAAAGCUGCUUUGAAACAACAUGUAUUGUGAAAAGUGUUAUAAAAAUACUUGAAUUGAAAAAGCUUGAAUUCAAAACUGUUCCUCUUGAUCUGUGUGUGUUUGUGGUGUCUGCUGUUUUGCUGUUCAUGCUUUUAAAUUGCUUGCAUUUUUUUUUUUUUUUUUGAUGAUGAUGUUUAACGUUUGGCCACAUUUGUGCAUUUCUUUACAAAAUCUUUGUCACUCUAGAAUAUUAAUAUUCAUUAAGAACAGUAAAUUGAGUCUGUGUUGAAAUUAGGAUGAACUUUUUGGCAUUGAGUUAAAUGAAAAUAAAACUAUUUGAAAUUA